AGCUCUCCGGAGCCGGAGGGCGCGCGCGCACGUCGCGCCUCCCUCGCCGUUUGUCCGCUGGGCCGGGAGCUUCGCUGGGCCUUGGCGCCAUGUCCCGCUACACGCGGCCUCCCAACACGUCGUUGUUCGUCAGGAACGUGGCAGACGCCACACGGCCUGAGGAUUUGCGCCGUGAGUUUGGUCGGUAUGGCCCUGUAGUAGACGUAUACAUUCCGCUUGACUUCUACACAAGACGCCCAAGAGGAUUUGCUUAUAUACAGUUUGAAGAUGUUCGUGAUGCAGAAGAUGCUCUGUAUAACCUCAAUAGAAAGUGGGUAUGUGGUCGGCAAAUUGAAAUACAGUUUGCACAAGGUGAUCGCAAAACACCAGGUCAGAUGAAAUCAAAAGAACGGCGCCAGUGUUCUCCAAUGGAUUAUAGAAGAUCACGAAGUCAUAGCCGAAGGAGAACACGUAGUAGAAGUUCUUCAUGGGGCUGGAGCAGGAGACACUCAGAGAGUUUUAAAGAGUCAAGACGUAGAAGACAUUCUUACAGCCAAUCUAAGUCUCGUUCAAAAUCUCUUCCAAGGCAUUCCAGCUCACCAAGACGAUCUGUGACGCCCCAGAGAAAUUCUAGUUCUAGAGGGAGAUCGCGGUCAAAGUCAGCUCAAAGAAGCUCAAAAUAUGCAGAAAAGUCACCAUCCAGUUCCCAUCGAAGACGGUCCAGUUCAAGAACAAAGUCACGUUCGCAUCCUAAACGUUCAGGCUCGCCUAACAGGUCUUUAUCUAAAUCUCCACGAAAGCAUGUUAAUUCGAGCUCUCGUUCACACUCUAGAAGUUUCUAUCAGAGAAAUAGUAACCAGUCAGUAUCUGAAGAAGAUUAACUUGCCUAUUUCUUUAACACAGUUAUGAUUAGCACAAAAAAGUAGAACAAAAAUCAUCCAAAGCUUAUCUGAACUGUAAGGUAAUUAUGUAUUUGUUUAAGAAAACGUCUUACCUUAUUUUCCCUUUGGUCCUUGCUUCAGUGUGCAACACUGUUUAAUCUGUCAUUUCUGUUAUUCUCUAGAGUAAUUUGUCUGGUCUAGAUCCUAUUCCUUUUCCUUUGAGCUCAGUUCUGUGCUCAGUUAGCAUAGGUUCAUCAUGAACCUGUUUCAGUGCAAGCUGGAGCCAUUCCCUGCACUGAUGUAGCAUCAGUUGCUGCUGCAUUAAGAUUUUGGGGUGGGGGGUGGGGAGAGAACAGACUAGAGCUUUCACAGCUUAAUAGUAGAGUGCAACUUAGUAUUGAUUCAAGGCUCUGUUUAAUGGCAGAUCGGGCAGAGAUGUUUAGCUAUGACUUGUUUGCACCACUAUACUUUUUAAAGUAUUGCAGUACAAGCAAGCUUGUGCUGCGAGAGCUACUGCUAAAAUAUGAAUAGCUCUUUGCUCUUGAUUCUAAUACAGACCUAGAUUGAAUGAAUGAGGACAUUAUUUUCUUGAUAGCAUGUUACAAUGAGAUUUGUUGGCAUUAUUUGGUGCCUGUUUUGUUGGGAUUCAGAGAACAUCCAAAUUCAAAUAUGAAGGCAGACGUUGUAUGUGCUUCAGGUAAUCAUGGUCUUUACUAUUUUUAUUUGAGAGAUGCACUGCAGCCCUAAUAGGUGUUAAUGUUACCUACAGUGCUCUUUCCAAGUGCAAGUUGGUUUAUAAUUGUUUCAAUUUAGAGAAAUAUGUAGUAGUAUUGGGAAUCUCUUAUAUAACAUAUGUUAAUAGAAUUUCACAUCUAUCAUUUAUCAGACUUAGUUUAUUUUAAAAUAGGAAAAAAAAACUAGCAGAAGUAAUGACGUUAACUUAAGACCUCCUUUUUUUGGUUCUUCAUUCCCCCUGUCAAAUUAAUGAAUAUGGAAAGAGGAACUUGGACUUCUUUUCAUAACAGUACCAUCCUAAGCAGAGUUACUGCCUUCUAAACUCAUUGAAUUCGAUGGAUUUAGAAGAGGGUAAAUCAGCUUAUGGUCACACUGUAAGUGAAUGGAAAAUAUGGAUGGUGUAUAUGGAUUUCUGGGUUGGACACAGGAGGGACCAGAAAGAAAGUGGGGUGGGACAGAUUUUGGUUCUGUGCAGCAGCCUCUUACAAACUGGAUGAUUAUCAUAUAAGCCCUCACUGGAGUGAGGCCAGCGCUUAUGAAAAGAACAACAGGUCCAACAGGUCUUAUAUGCAGUGGACAUGAAAAAGGGAGGGGUUCUAUGUCAUUUUUGAUACUAUAAUAAGUUGUUACAACAUGAUUUUCAUAUGUGGUUGAAUGUUUUUGUAAAACACUGUAUUCAACAGUUAACUUUGUAGUGUAAAAAUGUUCAUUUUAUUACAUUCUGUAUUUUCAAAAUAUUAUAUUAGGAGACCAAGGUAGAGGAUGCCUCUUUGAGGUAUUUUUAACUCUGAGCCCCUAAAACUAUUGAACAGUUGCGUAGCUGAGUAUAAAAUUGUUAUUAGCUUGUUUAACACUAGUAACAGAAGCUAUUCUGAUUUUUUAUUUUGCAUUUUACAGUGUAUUAUAUUUGCAUUGUGUAGUAAAUGUUUAGGAAAUUAUAAUUUGUGUGUUAAAUGUAUGGUAGCUGUGAUACCUAUUAUAUGGCAGAAACUGCAUUGUACUAAAGAAUUGUAGUGGCAGUAAAAUAACAUUUCACUUCUGAGCAGUUUCACAACCUUGUGUUAGCAGUGGUACUACUGUUAUUUCAUAACUAAAACUAUUUUAAAUAAAACACAAACUUACUUUUGA